UAAACAACGUUUUACGACGAGGGACUCGAAGAUUGUGACGAGAUGAAAUUUUCCGUCAUCGCAACGUUCUUGCUCGGACACUGCAUCUGCAGUUCGCAGGGCGAGACGGAGACAUACCCGACGGUGACGACGCCUUUGGGAACCAUCGAGGGUUACUACGAUACUUCAUCCGGAAACCGUACUUUCGAGGCCUACACAGGGAUCCCUUACGCCGAACCCCCGGUCGGAGAUUUGAGAUUUGAGGCCGCCAAGGCGAUUUCCGCAUGGUCGGGAGUCCUUUCGGCGAAAAGCUACGGAUCUCCGUGUGUGCAGCCGAGCGCGAUCCACGUCAGCUGGAUUGAUGAGACGCCGACUGGUGCCGAGGAUUGUCUUUACCUCAACGUUUACACCCCGGGUGCGAAUUUCUCGGCAUAUCUACUACCGGUUAUAUUCUUCAUCCACGGAGGAGGUUUCCAAUUCGGUUCGGCCGACGUGUACGGUCCUCAUUACUUGCUCAACAGGGACGUGGUGAUGGUCACCCCCAACUACAGACUCGGAGCGUUUGGUUUUCUAAGUACGGAGGACGCGACGGUUCCCGGGAAUAUGGGUCUGAAGGAUCAAGUGGUCGCGUUGCAAUGGGUCAAGGACAACAUCGAGUACUUUGGCGGAAACCCGGAGAACGUCAUGCUUGUGGGGCAGAGCGCGGGGGCUGUGAGCGUUCAUUAUCACUACCUGUCCAAACUCACGUCAGGCCUGUUCCAAAGAGGAAUGUCGAUUACCGGGACCGCACUGUUUCCAUGGGCUCAGACUGAAGCUUCUCUGGAAAAGGCUAAGGCCCUUGCCGUUUCGUUAGGAUGUCCGUCUGUCAACGUUGAAACCAUGAUCAAAUGCUUAAAGAACCAAACAGCGGACGAUAUCGCUCGGGCCACCUGGGCAUUCACGCCGUGGCUCGCAAGUCCGAUGACUCCGUUCGGACCGGUCGUGGAAAAGGAAGGCUCCUCCAACUUCACAUUCAUCGAUCGCACUCCCAUUGAUAUAAUCAAAUCUGGAGAUGUACAGGAUUUACCGUGGAUUACGAGCACCGUUUCAGAGGACGCAUUAUAUCCAGCUUCUUUGUCCAUCGCUAAUGCUACGGACCUCGAUUACUUGAAUGAAAAUUGGAACACAAUCGCACCCUCUCUGUUGGAUUUCAACUAUACCAUUCCAGUCAGCAAUCAUUCGACCGUCAGUGAAUUGAUAAAAGAGCAUUAUUUGGGAGGAACUGAAAUCGGCAACUCAACAAUUCAAGAAUUCAUCGACAUGUUGACCGAUCGUUUGUACCUCUUCGAUAGCCAGAAAGCCGCGAUUCUACAAGCAGAGGCAAACGAGAAUCCCGUGUAUUACUAUUACUUCAACUACAGAGGAGCGCACAGCGUUAGCGAAUAUUUCAGCAACGGAGUUACCACAAAUUGGGGAGUGGCUCACGGGGACGAUAUGUGCUACGCAAUAGAUUCGUUUUUCGACGCAACGACGACGGAGAGUGACACAGCGAUGCAAAAAGUAAUAAUAGAUCUCUGGGUAUCGUAUGCGACAAACUGCACGCCUGACGUGGGCGCCGAAUGGAAUCCCGUGAAUGGAACCAGCAGCAGUUUGAAUUACCUGAGAAUCGCAGGACCGGACGAACUUUACAUGGAAACCGACUCAAACUUCGGACAAAAGGAUUUCUGGUCCACCAUCAAUUUUGCAGAAAAUAUUUCAUAAGUAAAGUACGAAUUGAAUUUACAGCUUCAUUACGGACGGUAAAGUACAGAAACCUUGUCCUUAAACUCUUCCAUACGGGAACGGGAAAGUUCCAUUGUUGACGACUUCGGGAAUUCAUAUCGACACACUCAAAAACAAAUAUCUAUUAUUAC